AUAAGAAUACAAUUGUUUGAUAUUUUUGUAAAAUGUUUGAUAAGAUUAUCUUGUUACGAUAAGACAAGGUGACAUUGUUAUUAUUCGAAAUACAUGGGAUAAAUUAAGUAACAGUCACCGUGUGUACAAUACAUAUACCAGUCUACAUCAUAUAUCAAUAAAAACUUAUUAUAGUACAAACAUCAAUAUGGCACAAAGAAGUGGUGUUACUAAAUUAGCUAAGCUUCGAGAAUUAAUGGAAGCUGUUCAAAUAGGUGGUCUUAAAGGAAAAGGUAUUCAAGCCUUAGUUGUAAGUUCAGAUGAUGCACAUCAAUCAGAAUAUUUAAGAGAGUACGAUGAAAGGAUCCGUUUCAUAAGUGGUUUCACUGGUUCUUUUGGAACUGCAAUUAUUACACAAAAUAAAGCUAUACUGUGGACUGAUGGAAGAUACUAUAUGCAAGCUUUAGCAGAAUUUGAUCCACCAGAGGCAUGGACUUUAAUGAAAGAAGGUUUAUUAGAUACUCCAACCAGAGCUGCAUGGUUAAUUUCUAAUCUACCUCCCAAGUCUAUUAUUGGGGCUGAUCCUAAUUUAAUAAGUUACACAGAGUGGGCAGUAUUACAUACCAGUUUAAUUGCUUCUGGUCAUUGUUUGAUGCCUCUUGAGGAAAAUUUAAUUGACAAAGUUUGGGGUGAUGAACAACCUGCACCUACAGCUAAUGUUGUUUUACCUCAGCCAUUGCAAUUUUCUGGAUGUAGUGCAGGAAAAAAAGUGAAAAUGUGUAGAGAAAUAAUGAACAAAAACAAUGUGAAAGUACUUGUAAUCUCAGCUUUAGACGAAGUAGCAUACAUUCUAAAUUUAAGAGGAUCUGAUAUACCUUACAAUCCUGUUUUCUUUGCAUAUAUCAUUCUUACAUUAGACGAUUUACAUUUAUUCAUUGAUAAAAACAAACUUGCAGAGGAAGCUCAGCAACAAUUAAUUAGUGAAGAAGUAAAUGUAGUUUAUCAUCCCUAUGGAGAUAUACAUGAUUUUUUGAAAAAGAUUGCAAGUUCAUAUGCAAAUGAUGACAAAAUAUGGAUAAGUAAUGGUUCUAGUUACGCUUUACAUGCUGACUGUGGAGAAGCGAAGAAGCAUACAAAAAUUACCCCGAUAAGCGUUAUGAAAGCAAUAAAAAAUAAUACUGAAAUAGAAGGAAUGAAAGCAGCGCAUGUACGAGAUUCAGUUGCACUCAUAAAAUACUUCGCUUGGUUGGAAGAUCAGGUUAAAAAUAAAGAAAAUACUAUCACAGAAAUAUCUGGAGCGACUCAACUUGAAAAAUUUAGACAGGAGCAGGAACAUUUCAUUGGGCUCAGUUUUCCUACAAUAUCUUCAGUUGGGCCACAUGGAGCAAUAAUUCAUUAUCUACCAACACCAAAAACAAAUGUGCCAAUUACAGACAAAGAAAUUUAUCUUUGCGAUUCUGGUGCACAAUAUCGAGAUGGUACCACAGAUGUUACAAGAACAUUGCACUUUGGUAAUCCAACGAGUUUCGAGCGCGAAUGUUUUACAAGAGUAUUUAAAGGACAAUGUCGCCUUUCAUCGACCAUUUUUCCUUUAAUGAUACAGGGAAAUUAUCUCGAUACGCUUGCUCGGGAAAAUUUAUGGAGUGUUGGUCUUAAUUAUCUUCACGGUACCGGACAUGGGAUAGGUUCGUAUCUAAAUGUUCACGAAGGACCAAUUGGUAUUUCUUGGAAACCAUAUCCUGAUGAUCCAGGUUUACAACCUGGGAUGUUUUUAUCAAAUGAACCAGGAUACUAUGAGGAUGAGAAAUUUGGCAUUAGGUUGGAAAAUAUAGAAUUGGUAGUAAAGGCAAACACACCCUACAAUCAUAAGAAUCGUGGCUUUCUUACAUUUGAAACUGUUACACUGGUGCCUAUACAGACUAAGCUACUUGAUGUGUCCUUAUUAACAGAUAAUGAGAUUCAAUAUCUAAAUGAUUAUCAUACAAAAUGUUUGAAUACUCUAAAACCUCUAUUACAAGGGCCAGAAAAUGCUCAAGCACUCAAAUGGCUAGAGAGAGAAACUAAAUCUCUUAUAAAAUAAUUAAUAAAUUGUAUAAGAUUGCAUUUCUUAUCUUUUACAAGUACAAUGCACAAUAAAUUGUUCAUAUAAUUACUUUGAUUACAAGUAA